ACUGUAUCCAGGUCUGCCAAGCUGUCCCAGUUCAAACACAGCCGAGUCAUCUCUUCCCCAUUCUAAUCACUUGAAAUCAACGGCCAGGAUCACUCCAGCACCCCCUCAAUAUAUAACCCCCCAUCACAACACAAUCUCGUGUCGUAGAGCUUUCUUCGUCCACCAAAAUCUACUCUCUCACUCUACUCCAAAGUCCUCGGCUUUUCUAGAGAGAGAAACUCCACAAUAUCUAAUUUGGUAUAGCUGCACUUUGAGGUUCCAAGAUGGUAGCUAAAGACUAUACUGUUGACUUGAAUAAACCUCUUGUUGCUCAGGUUGGGCAUCUUGGAGAAUCUUAUCAGGAAUGGGUUCACAAGCCCAUUGUUACAAAGGAAGGUCCUCGGUUUUUUGAGAAUGAUGUCAUGGAGUUUCUCACACUGAAUGAUUGGUGGGUGAUCCCUCUCAUUUGGUUCCCAGUUGUAUGUUAUUUUGAAUUCAAGUCUUUCCGGAUGGGCCAUGACUUUCCCCAAAUUGCCCUAAUGGUUGUGUGUGGCAUUUUAAUAUGGACAUUAAUGGAAUACACUUUGCAUCGCUUCCUCUUUCACAUUAAGACCAAGGGUUACUGGACGAAUACCUUACAUUAUCUUCUGCAUGGUUGCCAUCAUAAGCAUCCUCAGGAUGCCCUGCGACUUGUUUUUCCUCCUGCUGCUGCAGCUAUUCUCUUGGUGCCGUUGUAUAAUCUGGUAAAACUUGCAGCUACACCUUCUACUACUCCGGGUUUGGUUGGAGGUAUUUUAUUUGGGUAUGUAUGUUAUGAUAUGACCCAUUAUUACCUGCACCAUGGACAGCCAACAAGUAAAGUACCAAGAUACCUCAAGAGAUAUCACUUGAACCACCACUUCCGUAUUCAAACGAUGGGGUUUGGUAUAACUUCCUCAUUUUGGGAUAGAGUAUUCGGGACACUACCAGAAACAAAAUCAGCUGCAAAGAGUAGAUAAUGUAAUGGAAGGUUGCAUUUAUAAGUGAUAGUGUGACCAGAUAUUAGUGUUUGUGCCAUUCUUUUGUUUCAAAUUUGUUCUUUUCCUCCCACCAUAUUGCUACGGUAUAAUCUUGAGAAAUUAGUUGCCAUGUGUUCGAAAGUUGAUAUUAUGGAUGAAUAUGUAUAAAAGAAAUUAUCUUGGAUUGAAAGUAACCUGUCACUCUGUCAGGAUGCCAUUUUUGCAAUGAACAUGAAGAGACAACAUGCUCUUGUGGAUA